AUGGUUGCUGUAUAUGGUUCCUUGUUUUUGAAUAAAUGUAGAAGAGGCUCUUUUGCAUCUUCUGGAGUUACGGGUGAAACUGCAACCUUAGGUUUUCUGGGUUUUUGCACUGACGUGCGAACCACAAAUCGACUUCUUGAUCGAGCAUUUUCACUUUUCAGGUUAACAGGUCCCAGUAUUGCAAUGAGCAGAUGCGAUAACGAAGAUGCAAAAGAAGUACCAAGUUAUGUUUCAGAAAAGGAAAGGAAAGAGAUAAUGAGCAUUGGCGCUGAACGUGUUGCUGGUGGUGCCCAAGCUUAUACAGAGGAUAAUUUCUUCGGGUCCGAGCGAAAUGGCGUUGAAGAUAACGGCGUGGGCACAUUCGGGAAUAUUUGCCUUUGUGGUUGCGUGUUUUGUUUAUGGGAUUCAAGUUCAGCACCUCCACCUCAAUCAGUUGUCUCUCAACCAUCCAAGCCAGCAAAGAAAGUGGCAAUUGCGAUAUCAGUUGGGAUUGUCACUUUGGUAAUGUUUUCGGCACUGGCAUUCUAUCUCUACAAACACAGAGUGAAACAUCCUGAUGUUUCACAAAAGCUUGUUAGUGGUAAUUCAUCUGGUGGUUUUGAGAUCCAUUUUUUUUUCAUUCAACGCAGCGAGGUUGAAUUGGUCUGGGAUGCAAAUGAAUUUUCUCUCCCAGGUCUGUGCGCGUGGAGCAGAAUUAUGACGACGUCUUCUGUUCAUAGCUUCACAGAUAGCGAGGCUGAUGAGCAACAAAAACACUCUGAGCCUCAAAUCCAGUCAUCUUUGGAUACUGGGAUAACUCCUCCUGGCAUUACAUCACAGAAUAUGCAUUAUGCAUCACCUGCAAUUGGAGUUGGAAAUGCUAUGGCACAAACAGCUUACCCAUAUCCAGAUCCUUACUACCGAAGUAUCUUUGCUCCCUAUGACACACCGCCUUAUCCUUCACAACCUUAUCCAUCCCAACCAAUGGUUCAUCUUCAGUUGAUGGGAAUUCAGCAAGCCGGUGUUCCUUUGCCCUCGGAUGCUGUCGAGGAGCCUGUCUUUGUCAAUGCAAAACAAUACCACGGCAUAAUGCGACGUCGGCAAUCUCGCGCAAAAGCUGAGUUGGAGAGUAAAGCUGCUAAGUCUCGGAAGCCCUACUUGCACGAAUCUCGACAUUUGCACGCAUUGAGAAGAGCUCGGGGAAUGGGGGGUCGUUUUCAGAAGAAGAGUGAGAACCAGCAGGAAGAGGUAGAAUCAGGGAAUCAAUCGCAGGCCAACAUCAAUCUAAACUUGGAAAAAAAUGCUCCCACUUCCUCAGAAAGUGCCUAG